AUGAGUCCAUCAGAUCCCAUUCUGCAGUUGUACAACCGAUUUAUCGAGUUUGGUCACAUCGUGGAAUGCAACAAAAUUAUUUUCGAACGAGCAGAUGAGGGGAAUCAAUUUUGUAUUACUCUCCUUCAAAAAGUGUUUGAACAUUUGGAGAAGUUGACGACUGAAAUGAGACACGAUUCUAAAUCUCGCCACUAUUUUUCAUUAUUAAAAAAAUUUUCCCUUUUGCUUUCCCCUUUGCUGUUCGUGAUAUACCUGGAGGCGGCUCUGCGUGGUCUCAGGCUCUUUUAUAACGGGCAAAUCACCGAAAUUGUAUACGCUGACGAUGUGGAUUUUGUAUCGCACGACACAGCAGCCUUGAGGCGGUUACUUGAUGUUGCCCCAGCAGAGCUUGGAAAAUGGUUCCUCACUGUGAACACAACCAAAACGGAAAUCACGGAAGUCGCACGCAUAAGUUCAAGACUAGAUGAUGAAUGGAGACGUUCCAGAAAACUGGGCACACUCCUCGGAGAUAAUGAGGACAUUACCCGGAGGAAAGUACUAUCGACGGCCGCGCUGAACAGGCUGAAAACGGAUUGGGUGGCUAACAGGCCGGUAACAAUUGCGUUUCGUUUGCGCCUCUACAAUGCAUUUGUGAAACCGGUCUUGCUAUACAACUCCUUCUGUUUGAGGAUCCCUGCUUCCGAAAUUAAAAACCUUAACUCCUUCCACCGAAGACAACUGCGUAUAUUAUGUGGGGUACAAUGGCCGACCCGGAUCAACAACGGGGCACUUUACCGUAAAUGCUCAGCGCAACCUGUGAUUCUGGAUGUGAUGGAAGCCCGAUGGAGACUGUUCGGACAUGUCCUACGGAUGGACCAGACGUCACCCGCAAACUUGGCAAUGGAAGAAUAUUUUGCCGCUAGUGGAAAGAAAUUUCGGGGACGUCCGCGCAUUACCCUACUGGAGGUGCUGGAUGCUGACCUCAAAUCAAUCAACCGCAAGCUUAAAAAUGGGGAUGAUCUGGACGCAAUGAGAAACUUAGCAUGCAACAGGGGAGAUUGGACAAGGAUUAUCAAGAAAAUCGUUUCAAGUGCCGCACGUGUGGAAAUAUAA